AUGACCGAGAGAAUCUGCCAGUGGACUGGUUUAUUUCCUUCUGCAAUCAAUCAUGUGCUGAUAAAUGAGUAUCAUCCUAAUCAAGGGAUCAUGGUUUGCAAUCGACAGACCUCUGUUUGUUUCCUCUGUUUUCAUAUUAAGCAUCGCCCUCUGCUUACAAACAAUGAAUUUUGUGCCUUCCAGCCACACCAAGAUGGUCCUGCUUACUACCCUGUUGUUGCUAUCAUAUCUCUCGUUUCACCUGUUGUGAUUAAUUUCACACCCCAUCAAAGGCUUAAAGAGCAGCAGGACACUGAUCCACAGGACUUACAGGCCCAUGAGUUGCCGGCGCCAGCUGAGAUGGAGAGCAAUGGCGCUGGCUCACAUGAACGUGGAGCCACAAAUGAAUCUGAUCCUGCAUCUUCAUCACUUAUACUGAUGCCCUGCAGCCUGUUGAUAUUUAAGGAUCAGGCUUAUACAGACUACCUGCAUGGGAUACAAGAUAAUGAGAUACAUAAUCUGGACAAGGUCGAAAAUGUGUCGCAGUGCCUAGAACUGAAGCAUCUACAUUCGGACUCUAUCCUGGGGAGCAUGAGCAUGGAUGAGCAGCGUGGUUUUCAUAUACGCUAA